AUGGGAAGCAGAUCUUUCGGAAUGAAGACAGAGUUGAUCGACUCCCAUAAACAUCUAGGUAUCAAUCAGCCUCUAUACAAUCGAGUUUAUUAUCGGCGAGAGACGGAGUGCUCUCCUCUCAUCACCCAACGCGGGUUUUCGAGGUUCGUGAACGGAAGCGAGACGCAGGAGUUCGGCUGGGACGACAAUGUCCUUAUCAAAUACUUUUACGGAAAUGUGAACUUCAACAAUUACACCUAUAUCUACAACACGUAUGGGGAAAGCAUGAAAAGCGGGUAUUCCACCUGGUCCAUCCACGCCCUAGCCGGUAAUAAUGGCACGAUCUGGCAACCGGCAGAGGCUUUGUUCCUCGACCACAGAGACGUCACAUUAUUACUCAUUGCGCCUAACUCGGUCAUCCACAUCGAGCAAAACGACGACGCCGUUUUUGGAGCCAGUAUUCCAAUCGAGUUAAGCGACGGCGCCACAGUCUACAGGCCCGAUCGAUACGUCAGUCCCAUCGCCUGCGCAGACAGGCAUCGGAUCUGCAACCCCAAUAACGGCAUCUGCACCACGCCUCAAGGCGGCACGGAAACUGUGCGAAACGCCAGAGGCAAAGAUAUUGACCUCAACCCGGUUCAGCUGGCGACUGUAGACCGCAUGGGGUUACACUUCGCGGCUUCGACAUUUCAGCACCUGAUCUGGACGCGCACGCAAAGCUUCCUAAAGGCACAGGAGCUCGUUGCUGACCUUACGCAGUUACCCCUGCCAUCGAACCAGUGGCAGAUCGAAAUGGCAUCACUGUUUGCCGACAACCUAUCCAAAAUGCAGCAUUAUAUGCUUGAGUACGUUACGGGCCCAUCUUUGGUGGUAGAAGGCACCAUCGAAAGAACCUGGGACUCUGCCGGGUCUUCGUCCAGAGCCCAAGAAGACUAUCGUGCUGCACAAGAGGAUAUGUGCCACAGGCAGAAGAUCAAGAGCUCGCAAGGGACGAUCAACUUCAGCGUCGUGGGGCUUUCCCUGCUUUUGGGCCUGGGCUCCCUCUUUAUCGGCUUCUCGUACCUACUGGAGUCUAUCACGCAGGUCUUGCAGCGGAUAACAGGGCUCGGGGUACGAAAAGCGAAGAGGUGGGAGCGCGACGAGAACUUGCAGGUGAUGCGGAUGUUGUUUGAGCUGAACGGCGCAGGGACAUGGAAAGGUUCAACGGAUUGCUUUCCCACGACUGAAUCGAAAGACGCAUUUGAGUACGAUUGCGGCCUUCGGGGUCGGGGUCCUCAGUACUCAGCCAUAGUUCAUGAGCACAAUGGGAAGAGCUAG